AUGGCAGACAAACUCCCUUCAGAAUUUGAUGUGAUCGUGAUAGGAACUGGUUUGCCCGAGUCCAUCACUGCAGCUGCUUGUUCAAGAAGUGGUCAGAAUGUUCUACAUCUUGAUUCAAGAAGCUAUUAUGGAGGAAACUGGGCUAGUUUCAGCUUUUCAGGACUAUUGUCCUGGAUAAAGGAAUAUCAGGAAGAGAGUGAUAAUGGAGAAGAAUGGACAGCAUGGCAAGAACUAAUACUAGAAACAGAAGAAGGCAUUGCUCUUAGAAAGAAGGAUCAGACCAUCCAACAUGUAGAAGUCAUCUGUUAUGCCAGUCAGGAUUCAGAUGAUCAUGUUGAAGAGAUUGGUGCUGUGCAGAAGAAUCCUGCCUCUCUGAUUUCUGCUGACCUAAAUCACCCUCCAGACUCAGUGGACACAGCUUCCUCAGAUACAUCUAAAUUAUCAGAACCAUCCAGUGAACCAGAGACUGCACUGGUGGUACCUGACGUAGAUAUGACAUUGGAGAAAGAAAAUUGUGGUAGUUACACAGACUGUAGCCAGUUAGCUUUGGAACCAGAAAAAGUUGAAAAUGUACCUAUCACAGAAGAUGUUGUUGAUGCACCUAAGAAGAGUGGGAUCACUUACUCCCAGAUUGUUAAAGAAGGCAGGAGAUUUAAUAUUGAUUUGACCUCAAAGCUUCUUUAUUCUCGAGGAUUGCUAAUUGACCUUCUAAUCAAAUCAAAUGUUAGUCGAUAUGCCGAAUUCAAAAAUGUCACCAGGAUUCUUGGAUAUCAAGAAGGGAGCGUGCUACAGGUGCCUUGUUCCAGAGCAGAUGUUUUUAAUAGCAAGAAACUCACAAUGGUAGAAAAGAGAAUGCUGAUGAAAUUUCUGACAUUUUGUUUAGAUUAUGAACAGCAUCCUAAUGAGUACAAAGCUUAUGAGGAAAGUACCUUUUCAGAAUACUUAAAAACUCAAAAACUGACACCCAUCUUAAGACACUUUGUCCUUCAUUCCAUUGCAAUGACAUCAGAGACAUCUACCAGCACCUUAGAUGGCCUCAGAGAAACAAAAAACUUUCUUCAGUGUCUUGGGCGGUAUGGCAAUACUCCCUUUUUGUUCCCCUUGUAUGGCCAAGGAGAAAUACCCCAGUGUUUUUGCAGAAUGUGUGCAGUAUUUGGUGGAACCUAUUGUCUUAACCAUGCAGUACAGUGCCUUGUAGUGGACAAAGAAUCUGGAAAAUGUAAGGCAAUCAUCGAUCAUUUUGGUCAGAGGAUAAAUGCUAAGUAUUUUAUUGUAGAAGAUAGUUACCUUUCUGAGAAAACAUGUUCUAAUGUGACCUAUAGGCAGAUAUCAAGGGGAGUGCUGAUCACAGAUCGAUCUAUACUCAAGACAGAUUCUGAUCAGCAUAUUUCUGUUCUGACAGUGCCACCAGUGGAGCCAGGGUCUGCUGCCGUCCGGGUUAUUGAGUUGUCUUCUUCUACCAUGACAUGCAUGAAAGGCACAUAUCUUAUUCAUUUAACUUGUACAUCCUCAAAAAAUACAGCAAGAGAAGAUUUAGAACUGGUUGUGCAGAAAUUAUUCACCCCAUAUGCUGAAAUAGAGCUGGAAAAGGAGGAACUAGAAAAGCCAGGCCUUCUGUGGGCCCUCUAUUUCAACAUGAGAGAUUCUUCAGGCAUCAACAGAGACUCAUAUAAUGAUUUACCUUCAAACAUUUAUAUCUGCUCUGGACCAGACUAUGUUCUGGGAAAUGAGUAUGCUGUUAAACAAGCUAAAACAGUUUUCCAGAACUUCUUGCCAAAUGAAGAAUUUUGCCCUCCUCCACCAAAUCCUGAAGAUAUUGUGUUUGACGGAGACAGUAUGCAACCAGAUGUUCUUGCACCCAAACUAGACACAACUGAAGAAAUCAAAGUCCAAAAAAACACAGAAGAACAUGCUCAAGAAUAGAUGGCAGCCAGACAGGGAGCCCAACUUUAAGAAUUGUACCUAGUAUUCAAAUUGUUUUAAUGUAAGAAAAGUUAGAAAUGAACACAAAAGCAACAGGCUGUCAUCUUUAUUUGC